UCUCGAAACUACCGGGAUUUUCAAGCCCCGUUAUCGAAGGGUACUGAGUAGCGGGUAGUGAUAAAAACUGUAAUAAUGGACUAUUGGCCUAUUUAACAAGUGUUUGCUCGAUUAAAUAUUGACUUGUUCCGUUUCUUGCCUGCUCGUCGAAAAUCGCAACAGUUGCUUAACUUUAAACAUGCUCAGCUUGUUACAGUGGAUUUUCUUGCUGAUAAUAUUCUUGGUCGUUUUUCUGGGCGCCCUCAUCCAAUACUAUGAAAAGAGCCUGCCUCCGUUCAUACCGCAGUUGUACAGAUACGGAAAAUUCAGCUAUUCAGGCCCUGCACGCCUCGUAACAGCUAGAGUUCCAAAACGAUGGUUUGUUCAUUUUUACGUGUUCUCCUCCAUAAUUUCGACACUCGUUCUUCUGCUCAUGUUGUGGGUCUAUACUCGUCGUGAGUCUGCUCCAGCGGCCAUUCAAAAGUUUUUGGACAUAUUUGGUGGCGGUAGUAGGAAGGCAAAUGUUUCAGCCACGUCUGCAUUUGUAGCAGCUAUUCUGUGUACAAUGCAGUGCUGGAAACGAUUCUAUGAGACCUCAUAUGUAAGUGUUUUUUCAAAUUCUACUAUGGAUAUAGGACACUACCUCCUUGGCUACAUCCAUUACUUCGGAGUCAUUGUAUCCCUAAUGAUUGAAACACCUGGAUUUACACAUUCACCUGGCAAAUUUGAUAUUGCACUAAAUUUAAAGGAGGUAAACUAUGUUUUCAUAAUAGAGGCUAUGAUAUUUUUGUUAUUCUGGUGGAUGCAAUUGGAUUCUGCAAAAAUUUUAGCAAAUUUGCGCAAAGACAAAAAAGGUAAUGUUGUCACAAAUAAACAUUUAAUUCCACGAGGAGGCCUUUUUGAGUAUGUCUCGAGCCCUCAUUUGUUUUGUGAAAUCAUGCUGUACGUCACACUUGGACUUAUACUAUUAGGAAAUAGUUCAUUUCCUUUUAUUAUUUUCUGGGUGGUGUCAAAUCAGGUUUUCUCUGCUGUCCUGACUCACCAGUGGUACAAAAGCCAGUUCCCAGAUUAUCCAAAAGACAGGAAAAUACUGGUCCCUUUGUUAUUUUAAUGGAGUAGCGACCUGUUAAUUAUUAUAAUUAAAUCAAGUUCAGCAUACGAAUGCUGUUUAUAUGAACUUGUAUACAAAGUUGUUAUUGUUGUUUAAAGUAUACGAUUUUUUUAUUAAUGGUGUGUGAAAGAGAAAAAAACUCUUUAUUAUUUAUUACUAUUGUUAUUAUUAUAAAAUCAAGUUCAGCGUUUAUGCCUUCAAUUGCUAUAUUGUUCCAUGAUGUGUGUCAUCUAUUAACUUCUUUUUAAGAAAUUGUUAUUUUUUUAAAUAUAUAUAAAGAUUAUA